UGCAGAACCUUACUCUGUUUCGUCUUCCCCCUUCUCUCCCAAACGGAAAAGCGGCGACUAAGACGAAACGAACAGGAUCUCUCCCUUUCCUCUUCAUCAUCCUCCUCUGCAACGAAUCUCAAUAGGAUUGAUUGUUUAAUGGGGAAAGGUUUGAUAUGGGCAUCGGCAGAAGAUCUAGCAAAGAACAGAGGUCGUGUGUUAUCCCUGUAUCGCCAAUUACUGCGAAGCUUCAACAAUCCUGAUUUGGAUCUGAAUUUGGCAGCAAGACUUGCGAAGAAAGCUGAGGUACGUGCCAUUUUCAUGCUGGGUUCUGAGGAGCAAUCCCUUUCCAACAUCAAAGACCUCAUUGAUGCUGCAGAUUACUCGCUAUCUGUGUUGAAGAAAGGUCAAAUCCCUAAACGGAGACAAUAUCUCUGAUCAAUUCUUAAUAUAACAAUGUAUAUCAUCUACUACUACUACUACAGAUUGAAUCAAAAACUUGAAUAAUUUCAUUCUCUAAUCUUGGAUCUAUCUGGGUUAUCUCUAUCUCAUGAAUUUUGCAACAUGUUUUAUGUCAAAAUCUGUGAGAGUCACUUGUUCUUGUUGGUUGUUCCUUUUGUUGUUAUUGAGAGCAUCUUUCAGAAUUCCCAAACUUUCA